AUGCAAUUCACCGCUGUCGCUUCUGUCGCUUUGGCUGCUGCCGCUGCCUCUGCCAAUGUAGUUUCCAACGCUACUACUGUUACUGACUACCACAAUGCUACCACUUUGGUGACCAUCACCUCUUGUGAACAACACUCUUGUGUUGAGUCUGUUUCCACCGCUUUGCGUUCUACUGCUACUGUUACCGUUGACAACACCAUCACUAUCUACACCACCUGGUGCCCAUUGCCAUCUGAGCAAGCUCCACCAGCUCCACCAGCUUCUGAAGCUCCACCAGCUCCAGCUCCUGAAACUACCCCAGCUCCACCAGCUCCAGAAACCCCAGAUGCUCCACCAGCUCCAGCUAUUGAGCAACCAAGCUCCAGUGUUCCACCAGUUCAAUCUACUUUCACUGGUGCUGCUGCUAGAGCUUUGCCAGCUGCCGGUGCUUUGUUCGCUGGUGCCGCUGCUUUGUUGUUGUAA